UCUGGCAACUCUACAAAUUUUGGCAUGGUUGAUCUUUACGGGACCGAGUGAAAUAAAACCGUUUCGUAGAAUUAUUAUGAAAAUGGAGUGGAAACCAGAACAAGAAGGACUAAGACAAAUACUAACACUUCUCAAAGAGUCUCAAUCACCAGAUACAGCAACGCAGAGGGCUGUACAACAAAAAUUGGAAGAAUUGAACAAGUAUCCAGACUUCAACAACUAUUUGAUUUUUGUCUUGACUAAACUUGUAAGUGAAGAAGAACCUACAAGAUCUUUGAGUGGUUUGAUUUUGAAAAAUAAUGUCAAAGCACACUACAACAGCUUUCUGCCUGAAGUUGCGGAAUUCAUAAAACGAGAAUGCUUAUCAGCAGUCGGGGAUCCCUCUCCCUUGAUUCGCGCUACUGUGGGUAUCAUUAUCACCACUAUAGCUAGCAAGGGAGAGCUAACAUCAUGGCCUGAACUGUUACCAGCCUUGUGUCAGAUGCUUGAUUCACAAGACUACAAUGUUUGUGAGGGUGCAUUUGGGGCUCUACAGAAGAUAUGUGAAGACACAGCUGAAAUUCUGGACAGCGAUGCACUGAACAGACCGCUGAAUGUGUUGAUUCCAAAAUUCCUACAGUUUUUCCGGCACUCUUCACCUAAAAUCAGGUGUCAUGCGAUUGCUUGUGUCAACUAUUUCAUCACGGGCCGAACGCAAGCUCUCAUGUUGCAUAUUGAUGCUUUUAUUGAGAACUUGUUCCACUUGGCAGCUGAUGAAGAUUCUGAUGUCAGGAAAAAUGUUUGUCAUGCUUUGGUCUUGCUACUGGAGGUGCGAUUGGACAGACUCAUUCCUCACUUACCUAACAUUAUUGAGUACAUGCUGGUGAGAACCCAAGACCCUGAAGAAGGUGUUGCUCUAGAAGCCUGUGAGUUCUGGCUCACACUAGCAGAACAAAAUGUUUGCCGUGAGGUCUUGGGCCCCAGACUACCAGCCUUGCUCCCCAUCUUGGUGCGUGGUAUGCGGUAUUCUGAAAUGGACGUGAUCUUACUGCGAGGUGAUCGAGAUGAUGAUGCAGAUGACGCAGAGCCAGAUCGGGAAUCCGACAUACGACCACGAUUCCAUAAACCUCGAUCACACACAGUCAAACAUAAUGCUGGAGCUGGUGACAGCAACAUGUCGGGAGGUGGCGAGUCGGACGACGAAGACGACGGCGGCGCGGACGCGGAUGAUGGCUCGUUGUCGGACUGGAACUUACGUAAAUGCAGUGCGGCCGCGCUCGACGUGCUCGCCAACGUGUUCGGCGCAGACUUACUACCUGUACUCUUCCCAAUACUUAAAGAAACACUUUUCCAUGAAGAUUGGGUCAUAAAGGAAAGCGGCAUUUUAGCCCUGGGUGCGGUAGCCGAUGGCUGCAUGGGUGGUAUGGUGCCACACCUUCCGGAUUUGGUUCCAUACCUGGUAUGCUGUCUGGCUGAACGCAAGGCCCUGGUACGCGCAAUCACUUGCUGGACGCUGUCUCGUUACUCACACUGGAUUGUAUCUCAGUCGCAUGAUCUGUAUCUGAAGCCUGUGAUGACUGAGUUACUGAAGCGCGUGUUAGACAACAACAAGCGAGUACAAGAGGCGGCGUGUUCAGCUUUCGCCACCCUCGAGGAAGAAGCGUGCACAGAGCUUGUCCCCUACUUGGGCUUCAUUUUACAAACACUAGUGUAUGCUUUCAGUAAAUACCAGCAUAAGAAUUUGCUCAUAUUGUAUGACGCUAUUGGUACACUAGCUGACUCAGUUGGUCACCACCUAAAUAAACCAGAAUACAUCAACAUGUUGAUGCCACCACUCAUCAAUAAGUGGAACUUUUUGAAGGAUGAAGAUAAGGAUCUCUUCCCACUGCUUGAGUGCCUGUCAUCUGUGGCCACAGCUCUCCAGUCAGGAUUCUUGCCAUACUGUGAACCAGUCUUCAGAAGAUGUGUAUCAUUAAUAGAACAAACAUUAAAUCAAAAUAUUGCGAACACGCAAAGUCCAGAACAGUUUGAAGCACCUGACAAGGACUUCAUGAUUGUGGCACUGGAUCUGUUGAGUGGAUUGGCAGAGGGACUGGAUGGCCACAUAGACCACCUGGUGUUCAACUCCAACCUGAUGCAGCUGCUCUACCAAUGCAUGCAGGAUCCGAUGCCUGAGGUAUAUCUUGUGCGUCAGUCGUCGUUUGCGCUGCUGGGUGACUUGACAAAAGCAUGUUUCCAACAUGUACUACCAUACAUACCCGAGUUUCUACCAAUACUCGGCAUGAACCUCAAUCCAGAACUCAUUUCUGUAUGCAAUAAUGCCACAUGGGCAAUCGGCGAAAUAAGUAUUAAAUUAGGGCCUGAAACAUCAAAGUAUAUCCCUCUAGUUUUGAGCCAUUUAGUUGAAAUUAUCAACAGGCCUAAUACACCUAAGACCCUACUUGAAAAUACAGCGAUUACUAUCGGUCGGCUAGGUUAUGUGUGCCCCCACGACGUCGCACCCGUUUUACAUCAAUUUGUACGCCAGUGGUGCACCUCGCUGCGAAAUAUUCGCGAUAACGACGAGAAGGACUCUGCGUUCCGUGGCAUCUGUCAGAUGAUCCAAGUGAACCCAGCCGGGGUCGUACAAGACUUUAUGUUCUUCUGCGACGCUGUCGCCUCGUGGUCGCACCCCAAGGACGACUUAAAGGAGAUGUUCACCAAGAUCCUGCACGGGUUCAAGAACCAAGUCGGCGAGGAGAAUUGGCGCCAUUUCACCGACCAGUUUCCCGUGCAGCUCAGCGUGCGCCUGUCUGCCAUGUGCGGGAUAUAGACGUCAACACUGCGUUAUGGGGAACCAAUGUCAGCACGGGUCGGGAAGACAUUGAGGGUGUCGCAGCAGGCGCGGCACCCGCGCGUAGGGAACACUCGCUCGGGCCGGCCGCCGCCUGUCCGCCGCGUUAUGUGCCAACACACUGACCUCACUACACUAGCGAGGAUAUUUACACAUUUGUACCUAUCGACAGAGAAUAUAAUCUAGAUUGUAAAUUGUUACACUUCAUUCUUCUGUUCGUACCUGAAAUUAUUUUUCGUUCGACGAGACGUACAUGUAGAAGCGGCGUAAUCACUUAAUGAGUGUAUUGUGCACCGAGUAUAAAGUAAUCGUAGCUUGGAUGGGUCGCGCAGGUUCUGAACCGCUCCGCUCGGCUUGCUCGACAGACGCACAACGCACAGGCCGGGGCUGGUACACACGUAUACGGUGCUAGGCUUUCUAUUCGUAUCUUGUUACAUUCACGUUGCACGGUGCAUGCUUACGUGCCUCUUUGUAUAACCAUCGUAACGAGUGUACAUUCAUUGGCCCUUUCUAGUUGUAGUUUUACUCACUAAAUUUGGUAACACGGUGAUUAUUACCGAGUUAGAUGUGGUAUAUCUACUGUAAUUGCAUGAAAUUUAGAGAUAGUUUCUAGUUUGUAAAGAAAGAUGAGACGUGUUUGUUGAAAAAUAUGAUUUAUUCUUAUUUUGGUUCUUGCAAAUUUGCUCUAUAGUUUAAAAUGUUUUAAAACGACACAUCGAAUCAUCAGAGUCUCAUCAUAGGAAUUACCUUAACAUGCAGUAGUAAGGUAAACAUAAUAUUGAUAUCGAUAAGAAAAGAUAUCGAAUCGAUACUAGUAACAAUAAAACGCUAAUAAUAAUGAUAUCGCGAGCUACUUGCGUAGUAGACAUCGCAAGUGCUCGUAUCGCCAGUCACAUCGUUCGCCUUUUGCUCGUGAUUGUUUAGCAUAGGUCGACUGAUGCCAUUCACUGCUCAACACAUACAGCACGUGUUUUAAUUUAUAAUUCACUAACAUAAAUACAGCAUAAAUGCUAUUAGUUUUAGUUGAUUUCAAAUAAACAGAGUCAUUCGGUAAUUGAUUUUGUCCAAAAGCAUUUAUCUACACCCACUAGCUAGAGCAUCGCAAAUAUAUUUUAUUACAAUUUAAAAUUGACGCGUUAACUUUUAUUAUUUUAUGUAAAUUACAAAGACUUAGUAAAAUCGAGAAUUUAUGUGAACUGUGAUUUGUGACUGGAUUUUUUUUUUGACUAAUAUAUGUGUAUGAUGAUUUUAUGUCUGUGUCAGUGUAGAUAUGAUAUACUGCUUUGAUAGAUUUUAUGAAGGCUAGAUUUCUGCUAUAUAAUAUACCAAAUAGUAUUUUUACGUUGUAUAUUGUUUAAUGGAAUUGUAUGUGUGAGUUGGCCGGCGGACGGGCGCUUGCAGCGCGACGUGUGGUGCGGUCCGUGCAACUCUCACAAAGCUAUAUUUACACAUUUUGUACUCGUGUGCGUCGUGCCCGCGACUGCCCGCUGCGCCGGUCAACUUUAUCAUUGAUAUAAACUACUAUUUACGUGUAUAUUUAAUUAAACUAAUAUUAUGUAUAUGUAAAUACAUAUUGCGAUGUAUAUUAUUAUUAUAUUCAAGUAAAAUUGUUAUUUUUUGUUUUAUAAAAAGCUAAAAGUCUGACUUUAAACACUUGUUAUAAUAUCAUUUAAUUUUUUUUUCAGAUACGGGGUCUGAAAUUAUGUAGUUCGAAUGAACAUUAGUAUAUUUAACAAAUUGCAAUCGUAGUAUAGGGAGCGUCGAUAUAAUAUGGUAUUUCGGGGAUAAAAAGAAAUUUUAACAUUCCGUAAUCUAAAUUCUGUCUUUUGGCUCAGUAUAAAACUUCAGUGUCGAGUGUUGCUAUACUUUUAUGUUUUGCGAAUCGCUAAAUUAUAAUAUUUAGAUAUACAUAUUAUAUAUACACGUCGUGAUUGUAUCGAGUAGGAGAGAUCCCCGAUCCCAGAGCCCCGCUGAGUUCCUAUCCUGAGUCCUGUCUAGUCCCAUCCCGUGUCAUGUGCCAACGAAGCCCGGAGACUCGCAGGUAGGUGUCGCGUCCAUACGGUAGCUGUUUCACGUCUCGGUACCCGUAGGAACAUUAAAUUACUGUAGCUACCUUUCGGAUAAAUUUGAGACACAUUGUUUAUUUUUUAAGUAGAAUCCAUUUUAUAUCGAUUAUAUGUAUGUUACGGGUGGCCUCGUAAUUUAUUUUUAAGGUUAGUAGAUUUUAUGGUCAUGAUUUUUUUUAAUGUAGAUGUUUGUUUUUCCUAAAAAACCGUGAUAAUAGUUGGAUAAGUGAUCGCAUGUGUGAAUGUGUGAGUGAGGCGGCAUUCGUAAGGCACUCCCUUCCUUGAGGCAUAGUUAGUAUUUUAUUAUAAAUAUUAUAGUUGUAUCGUUUGGACGAACAUUAAUUGUGAUGCAUUGUCGAUAUAAAUGUAGGUUGUUUGUGUCGCGUUAAAUUGUCAUAUUGUGUUGUGGAUUAUUGUCAAAACAUGCGUACGUUGUAUUUAUUUAUAUGAAUAUUGUAAUCACAUUGUCCACGUUAGUUAAUCAUUUGGAUUGAGCUUAAAUUAUAUUCAAUUACAGAGUUGAGCUCAGCGCUGCAAAUAUUUUUAUACUAUAGCAUUUACAUAGAGGAUCAUUCCGUUCAUGUCAUUAGAAUGAGGUUCAUAAAAAGUUUCUAGUAAACCCUUGCAACGGUCACGUGAGCCACUUUAGUGAACGUUAGGUUGACUAUUAUUUGUUGACCAUCAGCAAUUUUGGAUCAGGGCUUAAAAUGCCAAAAUUAUAUCUCUAAACGUUCUGGUGACGUAGUCCCUCUAGUGAAAAUAUACAUUACCGAAUGCCAUUAGAUGGCCACCUCGACCGUACCCAUCCUAGGCUUCUUAAUUUAUCAAACUCACUGGAGUUCUAUACUUGUUUUAUCAUUUCAGAAAAUAUUUUUAAUCUGUGUCCCAGUAACAAUAAAACAAGUCUAAUUUGUUACCCCUACAUUUCGGUAACUACCACAAAUUCAACGGCGCUUACUGUCUCUGUGGAAAAAGAAGUUUUUGAUUACUAGUAACAAAAAUUAGUUGUCUGAAUAAUGUCCUUCACCCUUAAAGCAUCAUUGCUCAUUGAGAGGAGAUAUCGGCGGUACGGAUGACGGUCACUCAUUUUACUGUAGGCGGGGGAAGACUAAACAGAAACCAUAGUAAUAACCGCAAUUUCCAUCGCAGAAUCACAGAAUUCAUAUCGCAAAUAUUAUCUAACUGCGCCCGUGCUUGAUCCGACUCAUUUAUUUAAAGUUCCAAAAACAGUAACAAAAUCUGAACACAAUGUAGACAAUGUGAGAUUCUUAUAAGUAUUUAUUCAUCUAAUAAAUAAUAUUUCGCUAAAUAAAACUAAUAUUAUUAGUUCUGCAAUUUUCGAUUUAAUUUUUUAUCCAUUAUCCAUACUAUACAUAUAUAAAUUUAAAACGCAUAAAGUCCAUGUUCUAUAUUAUGUAAUUAAUAUUUUAUUAUAUAUAUAUUAUAUUAUUAUUUUACUAGUUUUAUUUACAAAUCACUACCAUUAGUUAGUUCUCUUACAAAUUGCAAUAGGAAAUCUAUGCGUGGAACUGUAUCGUGAAUAAAAAUAAAUAUAUUUUAAAUACCUAAAUGUAAAUCCUUGUCACCUGUAGGCAAAUGUGUAAGUUGUUACAUAAAAUAACUGAAAUUGCAAAUAGUAUAUUUGUAUUGUAAAACCUACAUGAUUUCAGCAAGUCCGGUACAAAUUUGCACACCUUAAGUUAUAAUUACCUAAUAUUUUGUUGUUCGUUUUACAUAAAGUGAGUACAGAUGUAUGAAACGUAUAAUAGACAUAACCUACCUCUAUUUUAAGGCCUAACCCUAGGCAAUUUGUUCAAAAUUAACAAUAUAAAAUUAUAAUUUUGGAAGAAUAUAUUUAUACUCACUUUUGAAAUAAAAAUUCUGUACUCAUUUUAUAUAAAUAAAGUACUUAUGUAUUAAAACAUACAAAUUUAAUUGUAAAAAAGAUAACUACUUAUGUCCAUAAAGUAAUCAAAUGUUUUAAAAUCAGGAUCUGGUUGUAAUAUGAUGACCUCACAAUAGACAUUCUUUUACCAAACAUUUCGUUAAUAAAGCACUCAUUGUUCGAA